AUUUACAUAGAUUAUCAAAAUAACAAGUCAGCAAAAAUAUACGUCAUAUUCUUGUUUACAAAUCUUUUUGAAAUUGCUGCUUUAAAGUCUAUAUAGACAUGACAUAGCACUUUUGAAAAAUCGCUUCUAAGUGCUUAAAGGGGAUAACGAAUUUACAGUAUUUAUCUGAUAGCGGUCGUAUCACCAUGAAUCGAAUAGUGAUAUUUGGAGCUACAGGAAACACCGGAUUAUGUGCUUUAAAUAGUGCUGUAAAUAAGGGAUUAAAUGUAAGAGCAUUCGUGAGAGAUGAAGGCAAAGUACCGGCAAACUUGAAGGACAAAGUCGAAAUAGUUGUCGGAGAUGUUACUAAUCCAGAACAAGUUUUAAACGCAAUAUCCAACAGGGAUGGAGUGGUUGUUGUGCUUGGUACACGGAAUGACUUGAGUCCAACUACAGUGUUGUCCAAUGGCAUGAAAAAUAUAAUAGACGCUAUGAAAGCGCAUAAUGUAGAAAUAAUAUCUGUCUGUUUGUCUGCAUUUUUGUUCUACAAGCCUGAAGCAGUGCCUAGUAUAUUUAAAGAUUUAAAUGCAGACCAUCAACGUAUGUUUGACCUUCUUAAAGAAAGUAAAUUAAAAUGGAUUGCGAUAUUACCACCUCAUAUUGCAGACGUACAAAACUCAAAAUAUAUAAUCAAACAUGAUGAAUCUCCUGGUCGGGCAAUUUCCAAACAUGAUUUAGGAGCUUUUCUCAUUGAAAGUCUUCAACAACCAGAACAUUAUCAGAAAGUUUGUGGCAUUGCCAAUGUUGCAUAAUAUAACAAAAAAUAUAUCUUGUAGUGCGUGCAAAAUUAAAAAAAUAUUUUGAAGGAGAGUUUUGAUUUUUAAACAUAUAAAAAAAUAAAUAGGAAAUUUGCAGAAAUAACAACUUGUACAAAAUGUAUUGUAUUGAUACUAAACCAUAAACCGGAAACUGUAAACUAUUAGAAAAUAGCUCUGAUUCUAAACAUCUGUUGGAAUGGUUGUAAUUAUGUUUUGUAACGAAGGAGAUGUGUGCAUGAAAAGCAGCUUUUGUAUUUAAAAACUAUUAAAAAAAUAACUUUUUAGAUAAAUAAAUAAAUAAUACGCGUAUUAAAUGGAAUAUAAAAGAAUCUUGAAAAAGAAAGAAAAAUAAAAUUAUCUGUCACUGUGA